AUGGUUCCACAACUUACACAAGAACAAAUAGAAGAAUAUAGGGAAAUCUUCAAUCUAUUUGAUAAAGAUCAUAGUGGGUCAAUUUCAGGGAGCGAGCUUACCUCAGUGAUGCGUUCCUUAGGUUUAAAACCUACCGAAUCUGAAGUCACAGAUCUAAUGAAUGAGAUUGACCUAGAUGGUAAUCACCAAAUUGAGUUUGAUGAAUUUUUAGUUCUUAUGUCUCGCCAACAAAAGAGUAACGACUCGAAAGAAGAAUUAUUAGAAGCCUUCAAAGUCUUUGAUGUUAAUGGUGAUGGUUAUAUUAGUCGUUCUGAAUUAAAACAAGUAUUGACAUCUAUUGGUGAAAAUUUAUCCGAACAAGAAAUCGAUGAUAUGAUGAAAGAAGUCGGUGAUGGUAAGGGGAGAAUUGAUAUCAAUCAAUUCGCAGCCAUGCUUUCCAAGUAG